AUGGAACUAUCUGUUACCACUGAUCACAAAAUCAAUUGCAAAAGUAAAUUAUAUCAAUCUAAAGGCUCAUAUUCUAAUGGCGAUCGUGAAGCCGUUACAGACCGAUUUCAAGGUCGAAGUCCAGUCCAAAAUAUUCUAAUUUCAUGCCUUGGAAACAUUUUGGUUAAGUUAGAAUUUGACGCCAAAGUUAAAUAG